ACAAAACGUCACUUCUCCCUGGUUCAGGCGGGCUGGAUGAAAGCACGGGAGAGGUGCUUCUGUUGGCUGUUGUGUUACAAAAGUAACACCAGUCAGAUAGUUUAACUUGUUAAGUUAGCUAAAAUAGAUACAUUUCACUCGCUGAAUAAUCGGACGCAUGUUUACUUGUAAAACCAUCAUUUGCGAAAGCUAGGUUAGUGUUUCCGGCUAGCAAACAUAGCUUCUGUUUUCACAGGAGGCAUUCGUGUUGAUAUAGCAUCAUAUGCAACGUUAAUGUGGUUGCUGUUCGCCGCAUAAAAAAAGCAUUAUUAUUUAAUUUUACAAGCUAUGGACCGACCAUCGAGGAAGACAAAGGCUGUGAAUUACUGUGAAGCCAAGGACUUUGAUGAUGAUGAGGAUUUUGCUCCACCCAGCAAAAAGGUCAGGGAGGAUGUGAAGCAACAGGAGCACAAGAAACCAUCAAGCAAGUCCUCCAGUCAAGAGUCCAACUCACAGCCCACACAGAGCCAGCAGAGCAGAAGACCACUGGAUCAGAAGUUGCAUGAACGAGACCUAGAGGCAGCCAUUACACUGUCCUUGCUCAAUAAUGCUGAGAUAUAUGACCAGUCACCCAGCAGUAAAGGAGAUGUCAAGGUUCAACUUCCAAUAGACGAAAACACAGAUCCCUCUUCACUGCACCUGUCAAACUGCAGUGUAGAUGGUGCAGUUUUGGGCCUGGAUGAAAUUACAUGUGAGAAAGGGUUAACUGCCCCAUCCAGACAGAGAAAAGCUGCCACUAAAGCCAAUGAAGGGCCGAGGAAAAAGCUGAAGGAAGAAGAUGAGGACUAUCAACCAAAACACACACCAGGUUCAGAAAGUGAUGAAGAUUUCAGUGAACCAGAUGAGAGUGAAGAUGAGGAAUUCACUGUGAAGAAAGUCAGCAAAACUAAAAAGGAGAAGGUCGCCAAGAAGAAGAUCAAAUCACCUCCUUCCUCUAAAAAAGAAAAUCAACCAUCAAAGACGUCCAAGUCGAAAUCACAGGCAGCAGCUUCCACACCACAGAGAGGUCCUCCAACAGUCAAACCUGCACCCAAAAGACCUCCUUCAUCCUCCAUAGCUCCCACAUCUAAACCUGCAGUAUCUCUGAGUCCAGCAGGGGGCAGAAUACCCAAGUGGAACCCACCAGGUCAAAUAGGUAAAAGUCCCACCUCGUCCCACAAUCCAGCAGGGAAGUCUCCAGGUCAAGGUCUGCGACUCGGACUGUCUCGUCUUGUCCGAGUCAAACCUCUUCAUCCCAGUGUUGCAAGUCACUGACUGAACUCAUCACCUGUUCAUGUUCAGUCCAGUUCUUGUCAUCGUUUUAGCUUUAUCACUUCUUUUAAAAAAAGUUUUUGUAAAUAUCCAGCCCUAUUUGUCCUACAAUACAUAUGAUGUGAUUUCAAGCAGGUUGCAUUGUCACAUAAUUGUUUAAGCUCCUGGCAAACAUGCUACACCUUAAUUUAUCACCUCUAUUAAGAAGAACAAGUAAAAGGUCGGAACAAUGACAGGGUGUUCCCUUGUUGACUGUCGAUAUAAAUGAUUAAUAGGUCUAUCUUAUCAUCAUCAGUACAGUAACUGUGUCUAUAGGUUUUUGGUUUUUUGUAAGGUUUCUUUGAUCUUCCCCAUGUGACUUCACAUCUGAGAUUCUGAAAAAACUGUUGCUGGUAUAUGGAAAAGUGUGAACUGUCCCCUUUUUAAUUAUUCUCAGUCUUAUUUUCAAUUUUCCAAUAGUGUUCAAAAGUUGUAUAUUGUGUACAUAUAUAUAUGUGUUAAAUAAAAUUUAAAGGCAGUUUAAUUUUGUAUGCUGUGUCUCCACACAUUUUAAAAUGAGUAUGAGCUCCCAUGAGACAAAUGACAUUGUCAUUGACAACUGUAAUAAAGAGAUGAAAUGCUGAAUUAA